AUGGGUGAUCAUGACAAUAUGGAUGACCUCACUGCUGCAUUGGCACUCAUUCAACAACAAAUGCAGAAUCAGCAACAGCAGAUGCAGCAGAUGCAGCAAACCAUCCAGAAUCAGCAACAAGCUGCACAAGAGCAAGCAGCCGAGAACGCUGCGCGAGAGGAGCGUGGUGCUCUUAUUGGGGAGCGAAACCUUCCGAGGAAUUUUGCUACUAACCGCUCUCCAAUCAACCCUCCACCCUGUACUCGACAGGAUUAUGAGAUCAAACUUGCACUGAUUGGUCUGGUACGGAAGAGCACAUUCAGUGGCCUCACUUCAGACAUACCAAUGGACCAUAUAGAGGCCUUUGAGAGGAUCUGCAAUUUCUCUCGCUCAAAUGGAGUGCCACCGGAUUACGUCAAGUGCACGUUGUUCCCAUUUUCUCUUGAAGGGAAAGCUGCACGUUGGCUGCAAUCUCUCCCAACCGGUUCUUUAACCUCAUGGGACCAGGUUCGAUCAGCAUUCCUGAGCCACUUCUACACAAAGUCCAAAACUGCGGCUCUAAGGCAUAGAAUCUCCAACUUCAAGCAGAAAUCUGAUGAACCAUUUUAUGAAGCUUGGGAGAGGUAUAAAGAGUACCAGAGGGAAUGUCCACACCACGGGUUUGAUGACGAUUACAUAUUGGAGGUGUUCUACGAUGGAGUGAGCUAUGAGUACCUGAACACCCUUGAUUCCUCUAGUAACGGAGACUUCAUGACUCAGACCACUCCUGGUGCAUUCGCGCUGAUUGAGAACAUGGCUUCUAGUUCACUCAACAAGAACAAGGAGCAUGAUCGCUCCAAAAGUGUGAACAGCAUAGACGACUUAGCGGCGAAGGUGGACCAACUGCUGAAGAGAAACCAGAGCCAGGUCUUCAUAAUGGAAGAAGCAUCUCUUGAGAAGAGUGCGGGGGACAAGGCGUUUGAAGCUGAGCAGGCAGGAGACGAUCAGCAGGAAGUGAGUUACGUAAAUGGACAACGGUGGCAGCUGAAGAAUUAUCACCCAAACCCUAACAUAAGGAACAAUCCACAACUUUUCUGGCCUAAGCAGGACAAACAAGUUGAUCCGGCGCAGAACAACCAGGGCCAGUAUUCGGGAUAUCAGAAGAACUAUCAACCCCGAACAUAUGUUCUAAGCCAACCGCAGAGCAAUCAGCCUCAAAUACAGAACCACCAGAACACUCAAGUCGCUACCUCCACCCCUGUCGCUGUUCCGCAAGAUGAAACUAAAACCAUGCUGCAGCAACUCCUCCAAGGACAACAGCUCCAAGGGAAAGCGCUGAACCAGGUCACUACCGAGAUCAAUACUAGGAUGAACCAUAUGUUCGGAGACCUGAGCACCAAAUAUGAUAAUGUCGCAAGCCAUAUGAGACAGAUGGACAUUCAGAUAGCUCAGACUGCCGAGAGUGUCAAGAGACAGCAAGGUACUCUACCUGGUAAAACAGACAAAAACCCCAAGGAGUGCAAUGCGGUUCAGCUAAGAAGCGGGAAGCAACUUUCCAAGCCAGAAAGGAGAAGGUUCACCGCGGCUGAGAAAGGCAAGCAGAAAGAGUCAGAGCAACCACCAGCCGACCAAGCAGAUGAGGGGAAUACAGAGCCGGUAGUUGAAAAAGUCUCGCCAGGCUCAGAACAACCGGGUGAAGCAGUGCGCCCGAUUCCAGAGGCUGUUCCUCCUCGCGAAUACAUUCCAAAAGUCCCUUACCCUGUUCCAGCGAAGGUCAUUCGUAAGGACAAGGAGGAAAUAAAAUGCAGGAAGACGCUGGAAAAUCUAACCGUCCGACUUCCCCUGAUGGAUGCGAUUCAGAUGAUGCCCUCCAUGCGUAGCUUUAUGAAGGGGUUGAUCUCAGGGAAAAUAUCAGAGGAGAGCGAGUUCAUGACAGUUUCCAAGGAGUGCAGCGCAGUGCUUCAGAACAGGCAAAUAAAAAAACAAGGAGGUCCCGGCAAAUUUGUCCUCUCUAUCCAGAUUGGGAAGACAGUUUUCGCCUGCUCCUUGGUGGAUCUUGGGUCUAGCGUGAAUCUCAUGCCGUACUCUGUAGCUCUACGACUCGGAUACACGCAUUUCAAACCAACUAAGAUGUCCUUGGUUUUCGCAGACAGAUCAGUCAAAUCUCCUGUUGGUAUUCUAGAGGAUCUCCAAGUGAAAGUGGGGAACACCUCUGUUCCAGCAGACUUCGUUGUUCUGGAAUUAGAAGAAGAGUCUAAGGACCCUCUCAUCUUGGGAAGACCAUUCUUAUGUACUGUCGGAGCUAUCAUUGAUGUGCGACAGGGGAAGAUUGAUCUGAAUCUUGGGGACAUAGUUAUGCAAUUUGAAAUGGAUGAGUUGCUAAAGAAGCCGAUGUUGGAUGGGCAAACCUUUGAGGUCAAUGAAGGGGUUGAUCUGCUCCAACCACAAGAAGGAAUGAUCGAGGAGAUUCUUACCGAAGACCCACUGGAACUUGCACUGGUGCGUGCUGAAGCCGAGCAGAGUAUGGUGAACAUUGAUGCUGAUGGAUAUGCCAAGAUGCUUGACUCCGCAAGGAGUAUGGGGAGAAUGGUAGCGAGUCUAAGUCUGGGGGAGGAUAUCAACAGUGCGAGACCACUCCAUCUGGAGCGACCCCUAAACCGGACCAACCAGAGGAUCCCUGGAGCGAGCUCAAGGCUCCCAAAGUUGAGCUAA